AAGGAGGAGAGGAGGGACAGGAGAAGGAGGAGGAAGGGGUGCUUCCUCUUCAGGCUGGGUUGAGCUGCUGAUGUAUCCCAGCAGCCCCUGUCCAUAGCAACAGGAAACCUUGGUAUAAAAAGCCGCGGCGCAGGGGGAACCCUCCUAAGUGUCUCUCAGCCGCAGCAUGACCUGGACUGAGAGCCUGAGAGUGUGGACUUAACAAGACAAUGCCCAGCCUAAUCGUCGAACCACUCAACACACAACACUUCAUCAUGGACAGAGAUGACAGGAAGAGAAACAAGAACAUGGAUGCAUUCAUGUAUUUCUUAUCUCUACACAGCGGAAAGAACUUUAUGUGCCGACUGCAGUGCAUGUUCUCACACUCAUCAAGCUCUGAGAGGCUAAGUUUAGAAGAUACCCAACAAUGGUCACAGUCACUGGAAAGGCUUCUUGAGUCUAAAUAUGGACUGGCCACUUUUCGCAACUUUCUCAAAUCUGAAUACAGCGAUGAGAAUAUUGAGUUCUGGCUCACCUGUGAGGACUACAAGAAGAUCAAGUCUUCAUUCAGAAUGUCCUCCAGAGCCAAGAAGAUUUACGAGCAGUACAUCAAAGCAGAAUCUCCUAAAGAGAUCAACAUUGACUAUCACACCCGAGAGCAGAUCAAAAGGAACGUCAAGACUCCCACCAUGCACUGCUUUGACGACGCUCAGAAGAUGGUUUACGGGCUGAUGGAAAGAGACUCGUACCCGCGGUUCCUCCGCUCGGACAUUUAUAGAACUCUCCUGGAAAACCUUGCCGCCGACGCCACGAAGGGAUGAAAGCGCGGUCACAGGGAGAGAAAGAACGGACAUAAAAACCCAUAACUGGAAUGUUUGAGCUCCUUCAGGAGGAAGGGCAAACAACAAAAAAGGAAGGAGGGUCAACCCGCACGCCACACGGCUACAUACAGAGGCCUCACACCUCGGCGGCGUCACUAGAUCCAGAAGCAAACCGUGCGUGGCAAGAUCCCAACACUAAGCACGUCAUAUCUGAGGACUGUAACAAGAAGAAGAAUAAACAUGAGCAGCCUUAAUGAUAUUGACCCUGUACUGUGUGUUUGCACUGGAUGAUAAGUCUGUGUACGCAGGGGAAUUGAACACUUUUGACAAUGAAUUAAUCAGUGAGACGUCUGACGCCCGCUCUGACUGUGGAGCUGCGUGAGCAAACCAUGCAGCGGACCUCCUUUGGCCUUCUUUGCAGAGGUGUUUCCUGUGCAGAUUGAGAUAGAGGAUGUUGUUCCUGUGGUGUAUCGUAACACGGAGGCUGCCCCGUCACUGUGUCCCUGCCCACCUCUCCCCGCCUGGGUGUAGCCUGCAGUCUGUGGCUACAGUUAACACACUCGACCCCUCUACCCGGCUGGUUUCGUAGCCUCCUCGACAUCACCUGGACUAUGAAACUGCUGGAUUACACUGUUUCUGACCCUCUACACCACCAUGGGGAUCAUCAAACUUUUCAUAUAGAUUGCUUUGUUUUGUGUCUACACUAUAUGUCUGGUUUUGUUUGUCUGCUCUCCCUCUCAUUGUUUUUGCUGUUUUUAUCUCCUGUAUUUUGUAAGGUGUCCUUGGGUGCCUCCAAAUAAAAUGUAUUAUUAUUAUUAUUAUUAUUACCUUGCAUGAUGAGAUGAUAAAACUCCUCGUAUACCCUGAGAAUAUGCUUUAUUGUUGCUUUCCAAAGCAUGUUGUUUUAAUGUAUUCUUAGGGGUCAAUAGUUAAGUUAACUUAAAAGUUAAACAAUGUUUUAUUUAUUGUUAAUUCUCACCAUUUGAGUACAGCGUUUGUUGCAGUGUUGAAGUGAUUGUUAAAAUGUUAGUGAUUUGAAUGACAUUAAAUUAUUUAACUUGC